AUGUUCAAGCGCGUCCUAGCACUAUAUAAGAAGGACAUUUCGAUGGUGGCUUUUCUGGUAGCUGACAAUUGCGCGACAAAUCAGCGUAUUGCUACGUUGUUGGAGUUACCACUGGUCGGUUGCGCAAGUCAUCGAUACAACCUUGCGGUGAACCGGUACUUAGCUUCAUACGAGACGGAGCUCACUGUAGUUAACAGCCUCAUGGUGCAGCUAUGUCAUGUCAACAACGCGGCGGAACUAGCAAGAUUCACGGAUCGAAAACCUGUCAAACGGAAUAUUACUCGUUGGUCUUCAACGUUUGAAAUGGUGUGCCGCUACAAAGAAAUUCGAGAUUCUAUUCGACAGGUUGAUGCUGUUGAAGAGUUCAUCCCAAACGGUUCGACCCACAAGAAGCUUCUCGCUCUGCUAGAGCAACUCAAGAAACUGGAUAGUGUGUGUAAGACACUCCAGUGUGAGAACACCAGCAUGGCCGACGUUCGCGUUCUGUUUGACCAGGUAGCUGAUGACUACCCAGUUAUGGCAAGUCAUCUACGUCCGACUGCGAAGAUCGUUCACACGCCGAUUUUUGAGUCAGCUUUGGUUAAGAUUAGCAACAACACAAAGCUCACUGCGUCUGAAUUGCGAGCGGUGCAGCGAUUCAUAGUAGAGCCAAUCGCUACAAGCGGUAAAAGGAAAGAACGCGCGGCAAGCAACUACGCCAGCGAGAUUCUACGAGGAGGAAAGCAGAUGCGAACUGCGGGUGCUGCGACGGUGAGCUUUCACGAGCUGGCGAAGGUGGUACCGCCAACGUCGAACACAGUUGAGCGGCUUUUUUCGCAGUGUAAGCUCGUCGUGAUGCCUCAGCGGACGUGCAUGCUACCUGCGAACUUUGAAAUGCUGGCGUUUCUUCGCGUUAACCGUGACAUGUGGAACGCGGCGUCGCUCAUCACCACGGAGUAG